AUGACCAACAUCCGCAAAUCCCACCCACUAUUCAAAAUUAUCAACGACUCAUUCAUUGAUCUCCCCACCCCCUCAAGUAUCUCAUCCUGAUGAAACUUCGGCUCCCUCUUAGGCAUGUGCCUAGCAAUCCAAAUCCUGACAGGCCUAUUCCUAGCAAUACAUUACACAUCCGACACCGCCACCGCCUUUUACUCCGUAACCCAUAUCUGCCGAGACGUCAACUACGGCUGAAUCCUACGAUAUCUCCACGCCAACGGAGCUUCCAUAUUCUUCAUCUGCCUGUUUCUACACGUAGGCCGAGGCAUUUACUAUGGCUCCUACACAUACACAGAAACAUGAAACAUCGGAAUUAUUCUCCUCUUCACCGUCAUAGCAACAGCAUUUAUAGGGUAUGUCCUCCCAUGAGGACAAAUAUCUUUCUGAGGCGCAACAGUCAUCACCAACCUUCUCUCAGCCAUCCCCUAUAUUGGAACCAACCUCGUAGAGUGGGUCUGAGGUGGCUUCUCCGUAGACAAAGCCACUCUCACUCGAUUCUUUGCCCUCCACUUUCUUCUUCCAUUCAUCAUUACAGCCCUAGUAAUGGUACACUUGCUAUUCCUACACGAAACAGGCUCAAAUAACCCCACAGGAAUUCCAUCAGACGCAGACAUAAUCCCAUUCCACCCCUAUUACACAAUCAAAGACAUCCUAGGACUGAUACUUAUACUCAUAGCCCUUAUAUCCCUAGUACUAUUUUCACCAGACUUACUGGGAGACCCAGACAACUACACUCCAGCCAACCCACUCAACACCCCACCCCAUAUCAAGCCAGAAUGGUAUUUUCUAUUUGCCUACGCCAUCCUACGAUCAAUCCCAAAUAAACUAGGAGGGGUGGUAGCCCUAGUCCUAUCCAUCCUCAUCCUAGCUGCAAUUCCCCUGCUUCACACAUCAAAACAACGUAGCAUAACUUUCCGACCGAUCAGUCAAUGCCUGUUCUGACUUCUAGUCGCAGACCUUCUUACACUAACAUGAAUCGGCGGACAGCCUGUAGAACACCCAUUUAUCCUUAUCGGACAGCUAGCUUCUAUCCUCUACUUUCUUAUCAUCCUAGUCCUCCUCCCACUCGCAAGCAUCGCAGAAAACCAUCUCCUUAAAUGAAGA